AUGAAGUGCACUGCUGUUAGCCCUGAGUGUCCAGUCGAAGCAACGACCUACGGCUACGCCCCAAACUUAGGAGCCAAUGCCCUCUACUUGGUAAUUUUUGGCACCUGUGCGUGCGCUCAAAUAAUUCUGGGUGCCAAGUUUGGCGCAAUAACUUACACAGCUCUGACAACUAUUGGGUGUAUUGGCGAGGCACUUGGUUAUAUCGGUCGCAUACUCAUGCAUUCGAAUGCGUGGAGUAGUAGCGGCUUCAUCUUACAAAUCCUAUUACUGAUUCUUUCACCCUCUUUUCUUGCGGCCGCCCUCUAUUUCAACUUGAAACGCGUUAUCAACUAUCUUGGACCUGAAUAUUCCCGAAUAAACCCUCGAUUUCUUGCUCCCAUCUUCAUUACUUGCGACGCCAUCGGAUUCGUCACGCAAGCCAUUGGGGGCGGUACUGAAGCGUCAAGCAGCAGUGGAGACACGUCUCAGAGGCUUACAGACAUUGGAAAUGAUAUUAUGAUAGCUGGUAUCACAUUCCAAGCAGUGACUAUGGCUGCGGCUGCUGUCUUCUGCUUAGACUACUGGUUCAGCUACCGCAAGGCCUAUCUUGAACGGCACAACCGUAGAAUCCUGCAGUUGGAAUCUAAGUCGAAUACGUUUACUUACUUUAUCUAUUCGAACGUCGUUGCUUUCAUUGUGAUCCUUAUUCGAUGUAUAUACCGUAUCCCGGAGAUGGCAGGUGGUUGGGGAAACCCCACGAUGAGGAACGAGGCGGAGUUCAUGAUCUUUGAUGGAGUAAUGGUGAUCAUUGCAGCUAUCCUGAUGACCGCCGCUCAUGCUGGUGUUUUCUUCCCCGCUAGCCGGAAUCAAAGCACAACGCCCCGAAUAAAAAUUACGCAUACGGUCAGUUGA